AUGGAAGAUAGUAUUAAUCAAGAAGCAACUGCUGAUAACAAUGCUUCUGUGAAUAAUAACAUGCCUGCCGAUACUCCUAUUCUGAAUGAGGCUGCUAAUCCUAAUUCCCGUAGUGCUAACGAUAUUUUCAAUGGAGGUGGAAUUCAUAGGAUGAAGAAACAUCUAGCAAAGAUUAUUGGAGACGUGAAAAAAUGUCCUAAAGUUCCAUAUGAUGUGGAAAAACAGAUGGAAAGUUUGUUGAAAGAUAUUCAGGCCAGCAAAAAGAAAAGAAAAGUAAGUUUUGGUGAAGAGGGUGGUGAUGAGGUAGAGGAUGCAAUUGAUGAGGCAAUAGCUCAAGAAGAACAGGAACAGCAACGUACCUCGAGUCAGCAAGGAGUUGGAGACGAUCCAAAGAAAAAAGCCAAAGUCAUUCCUCCUAUGUUUGCACCAAGAACAACUCCAGGAGCUCAACCAAGUAUUAAAAGUGUUAUGCAAAACAAAGAGGCGAUACACGAGGUUGAUAAACGAUUUGCUCGGUGGCUUUUGGAUUGUAAAAUUCCAUUUAAUGCUGUGAUGUCGCCAUAUUUCCAAGAUAUGUUAGAUGGUGUUGCUGGUAUUGGACCUGGUUACAAGGGGCCUUCUUAUGAUAAGUUAAGGGUUCAUUUGUUGGCUGAUCUUAAAAGAGAAAGUCAAAUGCUAGUUGAUAGUUAUAGGAGUGCAUGGAAGGAAACUGGAUGUACCCUCAUGGCUGAUGGUUGGACAGAUCAAAGACAAAGAACGUUAAUCAAUUUCUUGGUGUAUUGUUCUAAAGGUUUGUGCUUUCUGAAAUCAGUAGAUGCUUCCAGUAUGGUAAAAAAUGCUUCACACUUGUGUACUUUGUUUUCUGAGGUGAUUGAAUGGAUUGGCCCAAAUAAUAUUGUGCAUGUUGUGACUGACAAUGCGGCCAAUUAUGUUGCUGCUGGUAGGCUUAUCAAUAGAAAAUAUGAUAAUAUCUAUUGGUCACCAUGUGCUGCUCAUUGCCUUAAUCUUAUUUUAAAAGAUAUAAGCAGCAUGGCGCAUAUUUCUAACCUUGCAACUCGUGCUUCAAAGAUCACAGUAUUUGUGUACAAUCAUACGAGCAUCUUUGACCGUAAAAAGGAGUUGCAACAAUUGGUUGUAGAUUCAAUUUUCACUGAUCACAAAUUAGGAAGGAGUGCUACUGGUAGAGCUGUGAGUGCUAUUAUUCUGGAUGCAAAAUUUUGGGACGAUUGCUUUACUGUAUGUAAACUUGUGAGCCCUCUGAUUUACUUACUGAGGGUUGUUGAUGCUGAUGACCCCCCAUCUUUGGGGUAUGUUUAUGAAGGAAUGCUAAGGGCAGAAGAUGCAAUUAAGGAGAUGUUUAGGCAAUCCAAGACUGCAUAUCAGCCGUACACAGAUAUUAUCAACUCAAGAUGGGACAAGCAUUUGAAGAAAGAUCUUCAUGCGGCAGCUUACUUCUUGAAUCCUAAAUUCUUUUUUAAUGAAAAUUAUAAAGAAGCACCUGAUGUUAUGCGAGGUUUGCUUGAUCUUGUUACCUUGUAUUGCAAGUGUAACAAUUUGGAUUCAGUUCAGGCAAUGAAAGAAAUACAUUUAUAUAGAGAUCGGAAGGAAAGUUUUGAUAGACAAGAAGUUAUUCCAGCUGCAUCUGAACUUAAGCCUGAUGAAUGGUGGAGGUUAUUCGGAGGCUCUGCUCUAUGUCUACAAAAGAUAGCUGUUCGCAUUCUUAGCCAAGCAUCUGCUUCUUCUGGGUGUGAGAAAAAUUGGAGCCUUUUUGACCAGAUUUAUACAAAAAGAAGAAAUAGAUUGGAGCAUGAUAGACUGAAUGACAUUGUUUAUGUUACCUAUAAUUUGCGUCUUAAAUCCAGUCAAAUUGACUUCUGGGUGACUGAAGAGGUUGUAGAGAAAGAGCCUGAUCUUCCUAGUAAUGUGGAUGACUUAUUACGUGAAAUUGAUGCUGAUUUAUAUCAAAGUGGCGGUGGUAGUAGUGGUCUUUAUGCUGCAUCUCUUUCUUCUGCUGAUCAGGAUGGGAAUGAAGGUGAAGAUCAUCCCACCGAAGCAGAUUUGCAACAAGUUCUUGCGGAUUUUGAUAAUUGA